AUGGUUUCCGACGAGCUUCUUGAACAAUGUCUCCAGAUCCUGCAAGAUCAGGCACUGGAUGAGGAAGAACAAGUGGAAAAAGUGGAGGACUUCUUGCGCGCAAACACCUCUUUGGCGGGUACGCCUUUAGAGAAUGCGGUAUUGGACAUCCUCUGGCGCCAUCGCAACCGAAACCUGCCAGACGCAUCGCCUCCAGUCCGUCAUACCGUGAUUCGCCGCUCUUCGCCCGCGCCAUGGCAGAUGGCUCGAUCAUCCACACCGCUAUCCCCUCAUUCGACUUUAGGAACAAGCCCUGGGAGUACCUCGUGGAUGCAAAACUCCCGUGGGCCAUUUUCGCGGCCCCCGCUAUCUUCUACUGUCUCUCCGUUUACCUCCCCACGUCCAUCGCCCCGGCUUGCCCUUGCGCAGCCUAUCCCUCAUUCCCCAAAUCUGAACGCCUACGAGUUCUCGGACCAAAGCCAGAUAUCUGACUUCUACGGUGACCUUGGGGGCGAUAACAACGUUGACUGGCUAGUCGCAGAUGAUGCCAACAGUACAACUUCAUCCACGGGCGGGGUCAGCACCCCCGGCGCACUUAGCGCCACUGCGGUUGAAUUUGUUCCGGAUAUGAGCCCCCAUGAUAUCCUGCGCACGGUGCUGGGUGACAAGCGAUCGAAUGAUGAAAUAGAAGCUGCACUGGAGGCUAACAGUUACGAUCUCGGUGCCACUAUUGCUUCGCUCUCGCAAGAUAUAGAAUCUGAGGCGAUUUCGAAACAACACGAUGACGGUCGUGUUUUGGUUGGCAAGUCUAUGACGAUGGAGCAAGCACGCCCGGUCACGCCAUUGGGUAGCAGUCGCAGCCCUGUGGUCUGUAAGUACUGGCUGUCCACUGGUCAAUGCCUUCGAGCGGACUGUCGUUUUAGUCAUGACCUAACCACACAUGUCUGCAACUUCUCCCUCCCGUUCCAAGUAGACAGUGGUUCUGAUGCAUUCCCACCCCUACAAGCGGCAGAUAACGGUGAUCAAUGGGCAAAUCAGUAUACAGGCCGGUACCCUGCCCAUCUUUCUGCUUAUCAAGCCAGCAAGUAUGCGCCUCCUGGCCUCCUUCCUGGAAUGGGCAAAAGAAAUGGAAGCGCAACUCAUCUUGGACGCCCCAACUCCCGUCCAUCAAGCCGCCACCAGAAUCGGGAGUUGAAUCCUGCUGCACCGUCUGUAGACGAUCCAGAUGCCUUCCCGACUCUUGCCGCGGUCAAUGCGAAGAAUGCCGGGAAGAAGCAUCAUGGGAAACGGGGCGGUCAUAAUAACCGCGAAACCAGCUUGAGCAAAGAAAGCGUCCCUUCAUCUCUGGCGGAUGUAGUUCGAAUGACCCCAUCUCCUGCCCCCGGGAAAACCAAACCUGGCUCCAGAAACAAAGAAACGAAGGGUCGCGAGAACAGUGCCGCAGCUCAGUCGAUUCCGCCACCGCAAAAUAUUCCCUGGUUGGAGACAGGUUCGCGGGCCAACCAACAAUAUAUAAAAUACCGGACAGAGGCUAUUCGCCAUGGCACUGUGCGAAACAAGUUCCUCCAGAGCGCUGCCCAAGCAUGGAACCGCAAUGACGCACGAGCUGCCAAAGCAUUGUCGUUGCGCGGCCAGGCCGAGAACGACGCAAUGCGCAGGUGCCACCGGGAGGCUGCACGCCAGCUUUACGAAGAACGCAAUCAACAUCUCUCUCACAAGGGAUUGGAUGAAUCUUCGGAAGAACUUUAUGUUGACCUUCACGGUCUCCACCCAGAAGAGGCUAUCGAAUAUCUCGAGAAGAUUCUCCUCAAACAUGCUCGAGAAGGCCUUCGUGUGGUGUAUGCCAUCACAGGCACUGGUCACCACUCCAAGAAUGGCAAAGAUAAAAUCGGCAAGGCCGUUAAAGCAUGGCUAAACGAGUGGCGGUACUUAUUCCGGGAAUUCAGUGUACCUGGUGAGCGAGGCGGUUACGUUGGAGGGAUUCUCGGCAUCGAUCCAACCAGUUAUGACAAGUCAGUAGCCAAAGAGCUGGCUAGUGAAUUGGUGGGGGCCAACGCUGGCGGAGAGCCUCCCAUCCUGACUAUGGGCAAAAUCCAAUUACUCAAGCGCGAAGAAUUAGAAGCUCAAGAUCAAUGA